UCUUCUUCAACGCCCCUCUCUCUCUUCUCUCUGUGCCUAACGUCGCUCACGGCCAUACGGAAUAGAAGACGAAAAUUUUGAACAGAGCUUUCUCUCUCUAUCUCUCUCUCUCUCCAACGCCAAACGUUGAGCGUCGCUUAGGUUUUUUUUCCCGAGUCGGAUCUGAUUGUAUAUUGGGAAAAUUUUCAGAUCACAGAUCUCUUAUCCAAUCGUUGCGUGUCUUCGUUUCCCUCUGAUACGAAAGAGUUGCUGCUUUCAUGUUUUGCAUUGAAUCCGAAUUUUCUCCACAUUAGUUGUUCUUACAGAUCUCCGAAGUUGGCUCCUCAAAGAAGGUCGCAGCGCCACAUGGGCGGCCAGAUGCAGCAGACCAAUGCUGCGGCUGCGACGGCGUUAUACGAUCCGGGACACACAAAUGACGCAGGAGAUGCAGUCAUGGCACGGUGGCUUCAAUCCGCUGGCUUGCAGCAUUUGGCGUCUCCAGUUGCUUCCACGGGCAAUGAUCAGCGUCUUCUCCCAAACCAUCUCAUGCAGGGUUAUGGAGCGCAGACUGCUGAAGAGAAACAAAGACUUUUUAAACUAAUGAGAAAUCUCAACUUCAACGGGGAGUCGACUUCUGAAUCAUAUACACCAACUGCUCAGACAUCAGCAGCUAUGCCCUCUUCAGAAGGAUUUUUUUCACCUGAGUUCAGAGGUGAUUUUGGAGCUGGAUUAUUGGAUCUACAUGCAAUGGAUGAUACAGAGUUGCUAUCUGAGCAUGUGAUUACCGAACCCUUUGAGCCAUCACCUUUCAUGCCUAGUGUGAAUAAAGAAUUUGAAGAAGACUUUAAUCCGCCGGCUAAUCGUCAACAACGACAACAAAUAGAUGCUGAAGCUUUGGGCUCAAUGCCUAAGAGUGAAAAAGAAAAUAACAGUGUAGCCAAGAUUAAAGUAGUGGUAAGGAAGAGACCCUUAAAUAAGAAAGAAACAGCUAGAAAGGAGGAUGAUGUCGUGACGGUGUUUGAUAAUUCUUUGACUGUACAUGAGCCCAAGCUGAAGGUAGAUUUGACUGCUUAUGUGGAAAAGCAUGAGUUCUGCUUUGAUGCUGUUCUAGAUGAGGAUGUUUCAAAUGAUGAGGUGUAUCGGGCCACAAUUGAGCCGAUAAUUCCCAUUAUAUUCCAGAGAACUAAAGCCACAUGUUUUGCAUAUGGUCAAACAGGUAGUGGUAAGACAUUCACAAUGAAACCUCUACCUAUAAGAGCUGUUGAAGAUCUUAUGAGGUAUUUGCGUCAACCCGUAUAUAGCAAACAGAGGUUUAAAUUGUGGCUCAGCUAUUUUGAGAUAUAUGGUGGGAAGCUGUUCGACCUUCUCAGUGAGAGAAAGAAACUUUGCAUGCGAGAAGAUGGUAGACAACAAGUUUGCAUUGUUGGCCUGCAAGAGUAUGAAGUUUCAGAUGUUCAAAUUGUAAAGGAAUUUAUCGAGAAAGGAAAUGCUGAAAGGAGCACAGGGUCAACUGGAGCAAAUGAGGAGUCCUCUAGAUCACAUGCUAUCUUGCAGCUUGUUGUAAAGAAGCAUGUUGAGGUAAAAGAAACUAGACGUAAUAAUAACGAUGCCAAUGAAUUGCGUGGGAAAGUUGUUGGGAAGAUUUCUUUCAUUGACCUUGCUGGCAGUGAAAGAGGUGCAGACACCACAGACAAUGACCGCCAGACAAGGAUUGAAGGCGCAGAAAUCAAUAAGAGUCUCUUGGCUCUUAAGGAAUGUAUACGUGCACUAGACAAUGACCAGCUACAUAUACCAUUUCGCGGAAGCAAACUAACUGAAGUGCUCCGCGACUCAUUUGUGGGAAACUCAAGAACUGUGAUGAUUUCUUGCAUCUCUCCGAAUGCAGGAUCGUGUGAACAUACCCUCAAUACUUUAAGAUAUGCUGAUCGGGUCAAAAGUCUAUCUAAAAGUGGAAAUAGCAAGAAAGAUCAAACUGCCAAUUCAAUGCCUCCCGUUAAUAAGGAUACUUUGUUGGGCUCAAAUGAUGUUGAAGAUGUCUUUGAGCCUCCACAGGAAGUGAAUGUACAGGAAACUGGGAGGAGGGUGGAGAAGGACAGCUACUGUACUUCGGGUAUUGACUUCAGACAGCCUACAAAUUACCGAGAUGAAAGUGGAAUCCCGUCAAUCUCAAUGGACAAGGGAAGACCAGAGACGAACAAUUCUACUGGUGGCUCCACUAGUCAGAGGAACCACGUGUCUUCAUAUCCCCAAGAAACUUCAGACCGGGAAGAGAAAGUGAAGAAAGUGUCACCACCUCGUGGGAAAGGGUUGCGGGAAGAAAAACCAGAAAGACAACAAAACUUGUCUAAAAGAGAAGUCAGGUCGUCAGAUAUCCCUACCUUGACAAACUUUAGACAGAACACAAGUGAAACUGCUUCGAGGCAAUAUGAAACUGCUUCGAGUCAAUAUGAAACCGACCCUUCGCUUGAUGAAAACAUUGAUGCACUGCUUGAGGAAGAAGAAGCUCUGAUUGCAGCGCACAGAAAAGAAAUCGAGGAUACAAUGGAGAUUGUUCGCGAGGAAAUGAAGCUUCUAGCAGAGGUGGACCAACCAGGAAGCAUGAUAGAAAACUAUGUGACGCAACUGAGCUUUGUGUUGUCCCGGAAAGCAGCCGGGCUUGUCAGUCUCCAAGCCCGUCUUGCUCGGUUCCAACACCGUCUCAAGGAACAAGAAAUACUGAGCCGCAAGAGAGUUCCUCGGUAGUUGGUAGAAGAACCUGGUCGUGUCUAUGUUAUGGAUUGAUAAACAUUGGCAUAGACCUAAUCCCUUUUAAUAAUAUACACUUAAAAGUU